AUGUCGCUCGUCUCCGGAGAAAAGUCGAACUUCCAGUUCAUUCUGCGUCUGCUCAACACCAACGUUGAUGGCAAGCAGAAGGUCAUGUACGCCCUGACCAAGAUCAAGGGUGUCGGUCGCCGCUACUCCAACUUGGUCUGCAAGAAGGCCGAUGUCGACCUUAGCAAGCGCGCCGGUGAACUCACCUCGGAAGAGCUCGAGCGCAUCGUCACCAUCAUCCAGAACCCCACCCAGUACAAGAUCCCCUCGUGGUUCCUCAACAGACAGCGCGACAUUGUCGACGGCAAGGACUUCCAGGUCCUCGCCAACGGUGUCGACUCCAAGCUCCGUGAGGACCUCGAGAGACUGAAGAAGAUCCGUGCCCACAGAGGUCUCCGCCACUACUGGGGCCUCCGCGUCCGUGGUCAGCACUCCAAGACCACCGGCCGUCGUGGUCGCACCGUCGGUGUCAGCAAGAAGAAGUAA